GCAACGCCGACAAUGAGAGUGGAGAUUUUUCUGCACAAAGCGUAAGAAACAUAAAUAAAAAGUUUCAAUAAGUAUUAAUAUGGAUCUGAACCUGAAACCUUCCUUGGCUGCCGACGAAAUGUUUUCCGAAGGCCCCGGCUACAUGGAAAUGGACGAGUCCGGCGGAGCUACAGGAAUGAUGAUGGACCAUCUGCCCUCGAACGAUAAGCACGUCCACUCCGACUUCUACAAUGAUUUUGACGACCUGUUCGACGAUGACAACUGGGCCAAGAUGAAAUCCGAUCCCAAACAGUAGGCUUCACAUUGUAAUCAGCGGAUUGAAAGAUAUACUUUUUUGUUGUUUUACUUUCACAAACAUCUGCGAUUUUCGGUGUAUAAAAAAUUGAUUCAACUAUUGUUUAAUCGCUAUAUUAUAUUCAUUUGGUUCGUA